UGUUCGCUUCUGCAUCUCUCUUCAAUCCCUUUAUCCUCUUCUUCCUCGGCUAGCUCUCUCAGAGACGAGCAAAGCAAGAUGACUCCAGACGAGUCGUCGGUUCUAAACCCUAGACGAAGUUCCACGGCUUUUAGCUUCGUUCCAAAUUGCAUAUCGUCGUUCUCACCGGCAUUUUCUCAAACACCUUUUGGAGCGUCCAGGAGAAGGCACGUCGAUUUUGUUCCACCAUGUAAAUUUCUUCGCGAUCUCCAUGAAUCUUUCGCGUCAACUGCUGAAAAGUGCAUCGUAUUUUUUCACUCUUUGGCUUCUGAGAAUCCGUUUCUGAACAAAUUGAUGUCGUUGUCUUCUGAGUUACAGAGUUUUCAUCACCAGAUCCAUGGUAUGAACUCCAGGAAUUUCCGAGCUCUCUCCAGUCACAACUUUGCGGCAGUUUUGCCUGGGGAUUCGGUGGCAGGACUUUUGGUCACGAAUGGUAUUCAGAAUUUCUUGAGCAUCUACAACACACUGUUGGUCGUCAGGCUAGUUUUGACUUGGUUUCCGAACACACCUCCCGCCAUUGUUAGUCCACUAAGCACGCUAUGUGACCCAUAUUUGAACAUAUUUCGUGGGAUUAUCCCACCUCUUGGGGGGACACUUGAUUUGUCUCCAAUAUUGGCAUUCCUGGUCUUAAACGCCUUUACCAGCACCGCCGCUGCUCUUCCUGCCGAACUUCCAGUCCCAAAUUCGUCUCCUGCAAAUGCUACUCCUUCAAAAGGCUCAUUUGAUCUUACAACAUCCCAAAAGAAAUGGAUCAGAAGGCUUCAGGGAAGUGUGGAAAAUAAGGCUGAUAGCGCUCGAUAGCCCUCGAAUUCAGGUUUGUAUCAGUUGAUUCAGCUCAAUUCAUUUGAAACUGUGACACUUUCAUCCUUAUAAAACUCUCUAUUGUAAAGUGCGGUUGAUGGGAUUACUAUUUUGUGCCACUUCUCUUGAUUUUGUACUGUAAAUCUUUUAGUUGAGUCAUUUGGUGAGUUCACUUCUUCCAUCUCCAAUGUUCAAGGCAUGUGAUGUGCAGAUAAGAAAUAUAUAUAUUUUUAAAA